CGAAGACGAGAGCGAGAGAGGGAGUAAGAGAGGCAGCGACCGAGAGAGAGAGAGAGAGAGAGAGGGGUAGAGCAGUAGGCUACAGAGGUGGUGUGAGUGAGAAAGGGAUUGAAGGGAAGAGAGAAAGACAUGACAAAAAUAUCAAAAGGCAGAAAGCACGCCGUACCAUGCGAGCUAAACUGGUGACCGAUGGGAUCGAGGAUGUCGGAUUAAUGGUGACUACCGCAGCCCGUUUUCGCAGAGGAAGCUUCUCUAUUGCAACUUGGGCGCAGAGGGUCCGCGGGGAAACAUGGCCGAAGGAGGGUCGGGUAAAGGUGGCGGAGAAGACCCCGCCAAGUCCGCCGAGCAGGAGGAGGACCGCACUCGACCUCAGGUCCUGUCGGGAUCGGGCUUCUGCAAAUGGUUCAACGUCCGGAUGGGAUUUGGAUUUAUCUCAAUGACCAACAGCGAAGGCAGCCCCGUUGACCCCCCUCUGGAUGUUUUCGUCCACCAAAGCAAACUAGUGAUGGAGGGCUUCCGCAGCUUAAAGGAGGGUGAGCAGGUGGAGUUCACCUAUAAGAAGUCCUCUAAGGGCCUGGAGUCCCUGCGGGUGACCGGACCUGGUGGGGGACCCUGUGCAGGCAGCGAGAGGAGACCCAAAGGGAAGGUCCCAUUGCAGAAACGCAAACCAAAGGGAGACCGCUGUUAUAACUGUGGAGGUCUGGAUCACCAUGCCAAGGAGUGUGGCCUGCCCCCCCAGCCAAAGAAAUGCCACUACUGCCAGAGCAUCACGCACAUGGUGGCUCAGUGUCCCCACAAGGCGCUGGCGCCCGCCACAGGCUCUCAGGACCAACAUGCGUCUACCUCGGCCUCUAGCCCAGGGACCGGGCCUUACCUCUCUCUCCCAGAGGAAGAGGAGCGCUCUGCCUCGUCUCCUCUGGAGGGCUCCUCCUCUUCCCCUGAGGAGCCCCAUACACAACGUGGCUCUCGGACCCAGAGGUGGAGGAAAUCCUGAAAAUAGUCCAUAGAGGUGAAUCUUUCACCGCUAGCCUCUGACACCUCAUGUCUCCUCUCAAUCAAGGUUACCUGAAGCUCCCCUCAUCUACCUCACACCUGUGAAAAAUGGGAGGUCUUUAUUUCUUUACUUUUAUUGUUUUUCUUUUGUUUCUUUUGGUUUUUUUUACAAUUUCUAACCAGCGCAGCUAUGGCAACGAUCAAUGGGGUACGUGAUGGGCAAGAAUGUGUGUGACUGACUUGCAGUCAUUUGGUGCAGCUAUGGCAACCACAGCUGGAAUGGUGACUGCAGGGGAUUACUCUUGUUUCAGUCUCUGCAGCACGAGAGUGAGAAAAAAAACAAAAAACACUGUAUAAGUCUAGUCUUGAUGAUUGUUUUUGCCUUUGUACCCUUGGACCUCAGUGUUGGCCGUUAUGAAUGCUUUUUCUCUACACGACUAUGUUGCAGAUUUAAAGCCACAAAAUAUCCUGUAGGCCUAAUCAUUCUGAAAAAUCAUGAUGCAUCCUUUUAGCACACACGGUAGCUCAUCUUAAGAAGGAUUAGAAGAAGACUUCAAGACCUCAAGACCCUCUAAGCGAUAAUCCAGACCCGCAGGACCGUUAGCUUGGCUUCUAAAGAUCUGUAGGGAAACUUUAUGGAUCCCAGAGGGAAUUUUUUUAAAAAGACAGCCAGCUGCUAGAUCACACUCUAUACUUCUUAAACACUCACAUACAUACAUACCUCUUACAUGAUAUAGACCGGACCAACUGAUUGUCAGACGUCAAACAUGUGCAAGACUGAGAGAAAGCGUGUGUCCUGUGCGUGUUACGCAUGCUCGAACAGAAAACUGUCAGACUGAAGCACCUCUUCCUCAGGUGUGAGUCAACACUAUUAACCCUUAUGUUUCCUAUUAUCAUAGAUAGACACAGUCUAUAUAAGACAUCAUAUAAUCCAUCUAGAUCAUAGUUUAGAUUCAAAAUAAUGAACUGAUCAUUAGAUUUCCAUUUUGGUUGUGGCAUAAUUAGUUGAAAAUAACAUUACACUUUAUAAAUUAUAGUAUAAGUCAUUAAUAUAUACAUAUAUGUAAAGUCACAAGAUAUAAUUAAAAUUCUAUUAACUUUAAGUAAUGCAUUUAUAAGGAAUUAGCUCUGAUCUAUAGGUGUAUAUUGCAUGGGAUGCUUUGUUGGUGUGUGAAAACUCUCUCUCUAUUUAACCAUUUUCAUUCAUGACAAAUCAAACUGACUUAAAAAAACCCAAACUCCAUAUUUUCCCUUAUUUGCUAAAUCAGAUACUCAGAAAUCGCCUUUGAUACAGCACAAAAGCUCACCGUUUUGUUACAGGUGUAGUACCAGACCAUUAUACUAUCUUUGUAUCUUAUUUAUUUAAUACCUCACAAACUAUCCUUCUUGAAAAAUGAAUGUCAAGCUGUUUGCUCUCCCAGCCGUGUUACAGUAAGAUCGAACCACCUGUUCCUCUUCCAUCUGUGCCUACCAUUUGUUAGCCAGCACCAGCCAGGUUAAUGCGCAGUCCUCUUUGGGAUGAGGUGACAUCACUGCUGCUGCUUCAAACUCACUGAACAAAAAAAAGGAGAGAGAGAGAGAGAAUAAGAGUGCUGCUUUUGGUAUAACUUGAAUCCCAAGCAUGGCUUUAGUGGCACUUAUUUGUGACCCAACAACUCUUCUCUGACCAUACUGAAUGUGAAAAGAGCUUAUCUGAAGUCGACUCCUCACACAAUUCAAGUCGAGUCGCUUUGGAGUUGUAUCUUAAUGUUCUGACAAAUCAAAUAACUUUGUAUGAUUAUAUCAAACUAGCGUGUGUGUUUUUAAAAGCUCUAAGUAGACAAGCAACUUUUUUUGGUAUAUUUCCAUACCAAAGAGUGUGGCUUUAUUUUGUUUUUGAAGGCAUUUAAUGUUAAGACUUGCUGAAGUGCUUGUUACCCUCGCUCUUUCAAAUAAGAGGAACUUAUUGCUGAAAGCGCAUUAGAGCAGUUGUUGUUGUUGUUGUUGUUAUUUUUUUUUAAUUUAAUGUACAGUUUAUUUGAAUGUGUGCGUGCGUUAAAGAUCAAAUCUCAACAAUGCAGCAUGACAGAGAUUAAAAAAAGAAGAAGAAGAAGUGAAUGACCAAACCACAGAAGGAGCACAGCCCAUGCUCGAAACUCUAUGGAAACAUCUUUUUAUAUGAUGUAUUUUUACAUUUUUACACACAAUUUCUCUCAGGAUGAUGAACUGUUCUCAGGGAAUUAACCAAAAAAGUGUAUUUUAUUCUUUUGGGAAUCAUCCACUGACUUUCUCAACAAACUCUGUUAAGCAAUGACGAAGAAACAUAUGUAACCGAUUGAUGUACUAUUAGCAACUACCUCUUGAGUUAUACAUAGCUGUGCAUUUCUUUUUGUUUGUAUAUACAUAAUUUUAUUUUAUUUCUUUUUUUUUUAAUUUUUUUGAUGACCUCAACUUUAGAUCUCUGUUAUACUGAGGUGUUGUGCAAGACGUUCCCUAAUGUUGCCACAGACUUCCUGGUCUUCCUUCCCAGUUUUAAUGAGUUUUUCUAUUACUGCAAAACUUUUUUUUUUGUUUACAGCAAAAGGCUACCUCAUAAACGCUGUUCCUCCACAAACUCCUUACCUCCUCCCAAGCCCUCUACCUCCUCCAUGCAGUUCUUUUUCUUAGUUAAAAUGCCACUUGUCGCACUAGAGUCACACAGCAUUUUCAGCAAAUCAGCCCUAGCGGCACAUCACUUGUGACUCCAAAUAUAUUAUCCUACAAUCAAAGCCCUUUUCUUGACGCCUUUACACAUAUCGUCAGAUUGGGCAUUUUGUCUCACGCAUCCAGGGUGAAGUUUUUCUGCCAGAUCUGUGUUAUAGAUUCAUGAUCAAUUAGCUGCAGUCAGCCAGAGAGUUUACCUCAGUUUGUUGGACUGGCUAUAGAGGUGUUUAAUAGCAAAAUAUAUUUCAUUGUCUCUGUAAAAACCCCAUCAACUGUUGUUUUUUUUGUUUCUUUGUAUUUCAUCAUAACCAUUUUGGAAACCACUUGAUGAUUGGUUUAAGAAGGAAAAGGAUUGUACUCAAACAAGGAGUGCCUAGUUUUCUUUUUGUGUACGCUUGACCUAAAACCAAAUAGAUAACAUGUUAUUUUGGGGCUUCAUGGCAAUGAGGUCAUGGCUUUGGUUAGCCAUUUUUACAGCCCAGUCAGAAGUUGUGUGUUAUCAUGUCCUUUUUGCAAAUUGCUUUUGUGGUAUAGAGCGGCGGCUAACAGUUAAGAUAAAAAUUUGUAGAUUUUUUUUUGGUAAUGGUGAAAUUUCAUUAAUGACAAGGAAAAAAAAUGUUUGUUUUCUGUACCUAACCCUUGAGGUUUAAGACUGAUGUUUCAAAUAACUGCAGUAUUAUAGUUCAUACUCAUCUGAGGGAAUCACGAUGUUGCAGUGGGCCUACAUAGUUAUGAUCAAAAUACAUAACCCUGGGAUAAUAUAGUGAUAUUAUUGUUGUUAUUAGCUUUGUGUUUUCUUCCAAUCAAUGUAACUACUGAUUAUUCUCUUGUGUACUGUUCAGUAUUUGACACAGCCAACAAACCCUUUUAUAUGAGAGGCAAAUCUUGCUGCGGUAGUAAUAAUCAAAUGGCUGUUUGAAGGUUUGUCAAGGCUGCAUCGAGAAAAACAAUUUGUUAAGUGGUAUAAUAAACCCUCUUCCAUUUUAAAUCAUGUGAACAUUUAAACAAAAGCAAGAAAGGCUUCCAUGCAAUCAUCAAAAACACUAGACAGUUAGUACCUGGAAGGUGCUUAGUUUGAGUAACAUGGUUUUAUCAGAUGCAGUUUUAUACCACAGAGGAAAGUGAAAGCCAAAAUAAAGAAAAUUUGUAAUAAAUCUGACAGAUCCCAUUAUGAUUUGAAUGUAAUCCCAUCUUGAAGUUGCCCAAGUGUGCCCCACAGUGGCGGAAGUAAAUAACACAAAUGUCACAUGAGCAGCAUGUGGCCUCAAUGGCUUGUAGAGAAGGCUAAUAUGAUGAUAACAAAGAUUGACAUGUUAAAUAAGGAUUCUGGGAGCUAAAGGAAAAAUUGUUGCCUUAAAUCUUUCUGGCUACAUUUUUUUUUUUGCCUUAAGUCAAAACAGCUCUGUGGAGACUUCAGUUCAAGUAGCCUAUAGUAAAAAUUGGACUGCUUUACUGUGAAAACUAUGUAUCUCAAAGUUUUGUUUAGCAUUCUUGAAAAUCCCUAAUUUGCUGAGAGCUGUCUAGCUUGCUCAAUGAAAGAAUAACAAGAUCAUGUUUGUCCCUUCAAUAUCUAGCUGUAGCUAGCAAAAAACCCCCAAUCCUCCUAGCCCAGGGUUAGAGCCAAAGGCUAACUGGGGGUGGCCAUGCACAGACUAAAAUGUGCCUACCCCUCUGUCCACUUUGCAAAAUGAAUAGUGAAACCAGUUAGGUUAACACUAUUUUGUGUGUGGAGCUGGCCUAGAAAAGCCUAUUUCUUAAAAUGCCUAACAUCUGCUUUCAGCUUUAAGGUACUAUACUUUCGAACUAACCCAAAUGACUUUUACGGGGGUUUAUUAGCUUUUUCCCUUCUUUAUUGGAAUGUGAAGUUAAGAAUUACACAGUUUGGAGAUUUAAUGGCACCUUGCUGCUAAUUCAGAACAGAAUAGGCCAAGCUAAUUCAGUAUAAGUGAAGAAAAAGUAAAGAGUGAUGAUAUGAUAAAAUGACUUAAAAGAGACCUCCUUUUACUCACGUGGCUCUAAAAUCGAUCUGAAAACCAAGAACUUUAUAGCCUAAACUGCUCCAUUAAAUCCAUACAGCCUAGGCUGCGAGGUGAAUUAUUCUUAAUAAUGCAUCAGAAGUCACUGAAGAAAUAUUGGAUGUAUGCCAUGAUCCUAGGCAGGGAAACCUCAGCAGAUAACCUCGGUUCUCAUAUGGUUGUUCUCGUAUGGAGGUUACUGAUGACAGAAUGAAGUUCACAUACCUCAUGCUGCCUUUGAAGGCUGCUCUGUGCUUUGCCUUGACAGGAGAAACAAUGUGCUGUAGGGGAAGAUAUCAUUAAUAAUGAUUUUUUUUUUUUUUACUGAACUGUAUCAUGUCAUACUGACAGAUUGAACCACUCAAGGACCUAUGAAUUCAACCAAGACAGUUUAAUGUAGUUGUACUGAUAGUUAAUGUAACAUUACACAUAUCUGUUUGUGUUUUUUCAUUUUACAUCGUGGCCAGGGGAGUCUUCUGUGCUCUUUUCUCUGGAGUACCUAGAGAGCCAAGCACUGAUAGCUUUUGAAUGGGGAAAAAAAAAGUUUUAUGCGCAUAUCACUCAUUAUUGUAGCCCCAAUAUACUGUAAGUGUACUGCCUUUUUUUUUAUUUCUGUGAAUCUUGGAUUGGAUUUUUAAAUAUGUCUUAAAUGUUUCACUUGAUUGGAAAAUAAACUUAUUAUAUUGGCAUUAAAAUAUGUAUAAUUUUUAAUUGA